CGUCAGCUGGCAGAGAUGCGCAUGUUUCUAUGAACGAGGCGGACAGCACGAGAGGCGCAAAUCACCACCGAGCUGCUGACCGACGCUGGUAUUAACAUGUGACCGCUGUGUGGUCGCUCAGUUGAGCCACACCUGCCCGGAUUAUACACAGCGGAGGUCUGUGCUUCAUCUCUCUGACACGGUGAUACGGCUGAGAGGGGAAGAUGGACACCGCGGACCGAGGUGCUCAGAUAGAGCCACUGCUGCCAACGGUCAAUUCUUCCUUUUGCACAUCAGUUGGGCGCAGAAGUUUGAGGAAUGAUGAUGAGGCUGUGGUGGACCGAGGAGGAACACGGUCCCAACAGGGAACCAACUUCGGGCAGGAGGAUCUUGAAGGCCACAGGACUCUCUACAUCGGGGUCCACGUCCCUUUGGGCAGUACCAGGCACCGCAGCCAUCGCAGACGCCAUCACCAUGGAAACAAACACAAGAAAAGGAGCACGGACCGGGCCCCCACCUUGUUGGAGGGUAGAGAGUCUCCUGUUUACGACACUCCCUCCCAGAGAGUGCAGUUCCUGCUGGGUACUGAGGAUGAUGAUGAGGAGCAUAUUCCUCAUGACCUCUUUACAGAGAUGGAUGAAAUCUGUGUAAGGGAUGGAGAGGAUUCUGAGUGGAGGGAAAGUGCCAGGUGGCUGAAGUUCGAGGAGGAUGUGGAGGACGGAGGAGAGCGGUGGAGUAAACCCUACGUAGCCACUCUGUCUCUGCACAGCCUGUUUGAGCUGCGAAGCUGCAUUAUCAACAGCACUGUGCUGCUCGACAUGAGGGCUAAUACCAUUGAAGAGAUUGCAGACAUGGUCUUGGACCACCAGGAGUUAUACUCACCACUGGGAGAUGAGCUCAGAAAGAGAGUGCGUGAAACACUGCUGAAGCAGCACCAUCACCAAAACCAAAAGAAGCUGGCUAAUCGCCUGCCGAUUGUACGCUCCCUUGCUGACAUGGGUCGACGGACAUCGGAGCUCCACCUGGACAAGAAUGGUCAGAUGACGGCCUCCCAGUCCCAGUUAGCGGGAACAGACGGGAAAGGGGACAUCAGUAAAGAGAACAGUUCUGUGGACUUCAGCAAGAAAGACCUCCAUUUCAUGAAGAAGAUCCCGGCAGGGGCCGAGGCGUGUAACGUGUUAGUGGGAGAGCUGGAAUUUCUGAACAAGCCGGUGGUGGCAUUUGUCCGCCUUUCACCGGCAGUCAUGCUCAGUGGGCUGGCUGAAGUCCCCAUCGCCACAAGGUUUCUCUUUAUUCUUUUAGGGCCAUUGGGUAGAGCGCUUCAGUAUCAUGAGAUUGGAAGGUCAAUUGCAACACUCAUGACAGAUGAGGUUUUCCAUGAUGUUGCCUAUAAAGCGAAAGACCGCAAUGAUCUGAUCGCUGGAAUUGAUGAAUUUCUCGAUCAAGUGACAGUCCUGCCUCCAGGAGAGUGGGACCCAUCCAUACGGAUAGAGCCACCAAAAAAUGUACCUUCUCAGGAGAAGAGGAAGAAAAGUAACAUUUUACCUAACGGAUUAGUAGAGGGCGAAGAGGAAGAGGAGGAAGGGGGCCACGGGGGUCCAGAACUGCAGCGAACUGGAAGGUGGUUUGGUGGUCUCUUUCUAGACAUCAAGCGCAAGGCACCCCACUACCUGUCCGACUACACUGAUGCUUUCAGUUUACAGUGUGUGGCCUCUUUCCUAUUCCUCUACUGUGCCUGCAUGUCCCCUGUCAUCACCUUUGGAGGACUAUUGGGCGAGGCAACAGAAGGACGCAUAAGUGCAAUUGAGUCACUGUUUGGAGCCUCACUGACUGGAAUAGCCUAUUCCCUGUUGGCAGGGCAGCCCCUGACCAUCCUGGGCAGCACGGGGCCAGUGCUUGUAUUUGAAAAAAUAUUGUUCAAAUUCUGCAAGGAGUAUGGCUUGUCCUAUCUGUCUCUGAGAACCUGUAUUGGUCUGUGGACAGCUUUCCUCUGUAUCGUGCUGGUGGCUACGGAUGCCAGUUCGCUUGUUUGUUACAUCACACGUUUUACAGAGGAAGCCUUUGCCUCACUCAUCUGCAUCAUCUUCAUCUAUGAGGCCUUGGAGAAACUUAUCCACCUGGGAGACCACUAUCCCUUUAACAAGAACAACAACCUGGACAAACUCACCAUGUACUCAUGUUCAUGCGUUGAACCUGCUGACCCCACCAAUGGCACCCUGAAGUAUUGGGAGACCACCAAUGUCACUGCCUCAGAAAUCUACUGGGAAGCACUGGAGACCAAGGACUGUAUUGAAAAGCGCGGGGAGUUUGUGGGCAGCGCCUGUGGUCCUCAUGGACCCUACGUCCCUGAUGUCCUCUUCUGGUGUGUCAUUCUCUUCUUUUCCACCGUCCUCAUGUCCGCCUUCCUCAAGGAGUUCAAGUUCAGCAAUUACUUUCCCACAAAGGUGAGAUCCAUCAUCAGUGACUUUUCUGUUUUCCUUACCAUCCUUGCCAUGGUAUUAAUCGACUAUGCCUUAGGUAUCCCCUCUCCAAAACUACAGGUUCCCAGUGUGUUUAAGCCAACCAGAGAUGAUCGAGGUUGGUUCAUCAACCCGCUGGGGCCUAACCCCUGGUGGACCACAGUCAUUACAGUGGUCCCAGCUUUGCUUUGUACCAUCCUCAUCUUCAUGGACCAGCAGAUCACAGCUGUCAUCAUCAACAGGAAGGAACACAAACUCAAGAAAGGCUGUGGGUACCACCUGGAUCUGUUCAUAGUGGGGGUGAUGCUCGGUGUGUGCUCUUUGAUGGGCUUGCCCUGGUUCGUGGCAGCCACCGUCCUCUCCAUCAGCCACGUCAACAGCCUGAAGCUGGAGUCGGAAUGCUCAGCUCCUGGGGAAGUGCCCAAGUUCCUCGGCAUCAGAGAGCAACGCUUUACCGGCCUCAUGAUCUUCACCCUCAUGGGCUGCUCUGUCUUCAUGACAUCUGUGCUGAAGUUUAUUCCUAUGCCUGUGUUGUAUGGAGUAUUCCUUUACAUGGGAGCAUCUUCUCUCAGAGGCAUUCAGUUCUUUGACCGUCUGAAACUGUUCGGCAUGCCAGCUAAGCACCAGCCAGACUUUAUCUAUCUACGACAUGUACCACUGAGGAAAGUGCACCUCUUCACCAUCAUCCAGCUCAGCUGUUUGAUUAUGCUCUGGGUCAUCAAGACCUCCAAGGCUGCCAUUGUCUUUCCCAUGAUGGUGUUGGCUCUGGUGUUUAUCAGGAAGCUAAUGGACUGUUUCUUCACCAAGAGGGAGUUGAGCUGGCUGGAUGACCUCAUGCCAGAGAGCAAGAAGAAGAAGCUUGAGGAUGCUCAAGAGGAGGAGGAACAGAGUAUAUUGGCAGAAGAUGAGGGAGUAGUGCAAGUGCCAUUAGAAGGAUGCAAAGAAAUACCCAUCAUCAAUAUCACAGAUGAAAUGUCAAAAGGUUCUUUUGGAAAUACUUGGAUUGCGAACAGCUAAGACAUUUGAGAAAUAAUCAAAACAUCUCAACUCCAAACAUUAUGUCCUCUACAACGCUCACAGUGUUUCACAACACUGGUGUCCAUGAUGAGAAAUGUAAGAUGAAGAAGAUGGAGGACAGCGUUGUGAGUCUUUGUCACCGUCCCUUCUGUGUGCUCGCAAACAAAUCUGUAUUGUAUGCUGCAGUUAAUCAAUGUUCAUGUUUAGUCUUGUAAAUCUGUGUGUACUGUAAGUGAAUAACUGUUAUCUGAUGUGUCACAAAUAUUCUGCCUCUUCAUGAACUAGUGAAACUUACUAUUUUCUCGUGUUGUCAAAUUGUACUUUCUUAAUCUAGAUCCUAUAUUGCUACACUGAAUGUUACCUAAGAAAAUGUAAAAUGUCUCGUCUUGCUAAGAGACAGUUUUCAAUUCAAUUGUUUGUUAUUGGAUCAAUUUGUAUUUAUUUUGUUUACAUAUUGGAUUCUUUAUCCAUUUAUAUACUUAUUCCCUAUGAUUAUUAUAUAUAUUUAAGUUCUCUAUAGGCAUUGAAUCUUAUGUGAAAUUAAAUAUGAAGAUCUAGGUAGUAUUUUAAAAGCCUAAGGUCAUUCUUGACCAUAACCAUAUACAUACAUAAAUGUGUACACAUUCCUUUAACAUGAACAGCCUGCAAAAUAUAUGUAAUAUAAAUAAUAUGUUUAUGGGAUGGGGCCAUUUUCAAUGGGUAUGAGUGCUUUAAAGUGAUUGAUAAAGGGCAAUAUAUUAAGAAACCAAUGCAAUAGCACUUUCUACCAGAAUGUCAAUUGUCUCUUUCUAUGAUCAAUUAUUCAUCUAUAUUUAUUUUGUGAAAUAGAAUGAAUAAAUAACAUUUUAUUCAAACAUAGACUUACAGUAUUUUGCCUCCUGGUGUCAAUGUAUUGCUUAUGUUGUAAAUGUAAAUUUGCAUAAUCUCAUUUGUUUUAAUGUUUGUAUAAAAUUCAGUGAAUCAUGAAUUUAAAAGUUUUAUCAUUUAACCCAAUUCUGUUAUACAUCUGAGGGCCAAAUAAAGCUGUAAUAAUAGUGUUUGAAAAGAACUAGGUAUGGGCUUAUUUUAAAAACAACUUAAGAAACAGAAAUUUGAUUAUGCAUAUGUUGUCAGUUAUUCUAAUUUAAUAAAUUUCUAUGACCUCUC